AUGGAUGAGCUGUCCAAUGCCUUCUCAUUGCUUGAGCUGGAUGUGGAAGAUGCUAAGGAAAAUACUAUGAUUGCCACCGCUGCUGAUGGUGAUGGCGAUGGUGAAAGAGUAAAGGAACAAGAUAAUGGUAAGAUAAAAGAGCACAACUCAGGAGAUGGAACCUCAUCGAAAAAUGAGAACAAGGGUGAACAGAGCUCAGAACUGAUUCGAGAAGAGUACAAGUUGCCACUUGUGUGGAUUGACCUUGAAAUGACUGGUUUGAAUAUUGAAGUUGAUAGAAUAUUAGAAAUUGCUUGUAUAAUUACAGAUGGCAAUUUAACCAAGUUAAUUGAGGGUCCCGACUUGGUUAUUCAUCAAUCAAAGGAAUGCCUUGAUAAAAUGGGAGAAUGGUGUCAACAACAUCAUGGAGAAAGUGGUUUGACAGAGAAAGUGCUUCAGAGUACAAUCAGUGAACAAGAAGCUGAAAAGCAGGUUGUAGAGUUUGUGAAGAGACAUGUCGGCACAUAUACACCUCUUCUUGCAGGAAAUUCAGUCUAUGUUGAUCUUCUAUAUCUGAAGAAGUACAUGCCGAAUUUGGCUGGACUAUUCUCUCAUAUACUUGUUGAUGUCAGCAGUGUCAAGGCAUUAUGUCUCCGCUGGUACCCAAGGGAUAACAAAAAGGCUCCUCAGAAGGAAAACAAACACAGGGCUCUGGAUGACAUCAAGGAAAGCAUAUCAGAACUCAAGUACUACAAGGAGAGCAUUUUCAAACCCAAGUUGAAGUAG